UUCUGUAAUCUGUCAAUCAAUGUGAAUUGUGUAUGUUUGUAGUACCCAAAUAAUUAUUAGUUUGCAACGAAACACUACUCUUUGAACAAAAUUUUGAAUCAAGUUUUAAGUGGGCGAAUACAACUAUAGCCAGAAUUAGGACUUAUAACAAAAAUAAUAUAAAUUUCAUAGAGUAACAGAUACAAACGAUAACAGUAUGGAAUCUCAAUUUGUAAAUAAAUUUAAGCAACUUGAUGCAUAUGCUAAAACAUUGGAAGACUUUAGAGUAAAAACGGCAACUGGCGCAAUUAUUACAGUUACCGGUGCAUUAAUAAUGGUUCUACUUAUCCUUUCUGAAUUGCACACAUACAUGUCACCUAAUAUUUCAGAGGAGUUAUUUGUAGACACAUCAAGGGGACACAAAUUAAGAAUUAACUUUGAUAUUAUUGUUCCUAGAAUAUCAUGUGAUUACUUAGUUUUAGAUGCUAUGGACUCUUCCGGAGAGCAACACCUUCAAAUGGACCAUAAUAUACAUAAACGAAGAUUAAAUUUAGAAGGUGAACCAAUAGAGGAACCUAAAAAAGAAGAAAUGGUGCUGUCCUCAACUAUAAAGCAGAAUUCAUCAGAGAUAGCAAAAAUUACUUGUGGUACGUGUUAUGGAGCUGCCUUCAAUGAAACCCAGUGCUGUAAUACUUGUGAUGAUGUCAAAGAAGCAUAUAGACUAAGACGCUGGGCAUUACCUGAUUUGGCAACAAUAGAACAAUGUAAAGAUGAUGAGUCAUUAGAAAGAACUAAUCUUGCUCUCAAAGAAGGCUGUCAGAUUUUUGGUUACAUGGAAGUUAAUAGGGUUGGUGGAAGUUUCCACAUAGCUCCAGGCAAAAGUUUUACCAUAAAUCAUGUACAUGUACAUGAUGUUCAACCCUUUUCCUCAUCAGUAUUUAAUACAACACAUAUAAUAAGACAUCUAUCAUUUGGAACUGAUAUCAAAGAGGCUAACACUGCCCCCUUGGAUGGAGUAGAGGGUUUGGCUAAAGAAGGUGCUGUUAUGUUUCAGUAUUAUUUAAAAAUAGUUCCAACAGUGUACAUAAAAUUAGACAAUACAGUUCUACACACAAACCAGUUCUCUGUAACGAGACAUAAAAAGCCUGUGUCAAAUGUAAAUACAGAAUCUGGUAUGCCAGGGGCAUUCUUUAGUUAUGAAUUAUCACCCUUAAUGGUAAAAUAUACAGAAAAGGAAAGGUCAAUAGGCCAUUUUGCUACAAAUAUAUGUGCAAUUGUAGGAGGUGUAUUCACUGUAGCUGGAAUUUUUGACACUCUUUUAUAUCACUCGCUCAAUGCCUUCCAACACAAAGUUGUUCUAGGUAAAGCAGGCUAACUUCCAACACUACAAAGUU